AUAACUUAUUGUUUUUUUGUUUAGUAAUCAUUUUUAAUGGACACAACAGAAACUAUCAACUUUGUUAAACUUCAAAAAGAAUUUCAAAAUGCUAAACUAGCUGAAGAACGAUAUAAUCUCGAAAAUAAUGCAAAGUUUCGAGCUGUUCAUCAAAAGGUAUCAUCAUACGAAGAGUUUCGAGAUAUUGUUGCAAGUUCUCAUUUGCAACCUUUGGAAAAACACGAUGCCUUUUACGCUGAUAAAACAAACGGAAACAUGAAAGUAAAACCAUGGAACUCGUUUUACUCUCCAAGUAUAGAUAACGAAAACGAACAUUUUCAAUUCAAACCUCCUGAGAUAUGUCACCACAUAAAUAAUUUUGACGAAUUUAAUAAGGCUUGGAGGUGUAUAAAAUGUCCUCAAACUAUGUGCGAUAUCAUUAUUAGCAUGGAUGAAUUUAAUUUGAAAAGUAUCUUUCGCUGUGAUCUUCCGUCAAAUGUACUAGAAACGUGUAUUGAACAAUUUUCUACUAUGUUAACAAAAGAGAACAGUGCUCAUAUUAUAAAGGUAUUGUCUAUCUUUUCGGCAAGCCGAGGUUUUAAUAUAGCUCUGCGCUUUUUAAACAUUAAACAGAAAGAGGUAGUACUAAAGUUGCUUUUCAGUCUGGAAAGUUAUGGUCAUGACGUUAAGUCAUUAAAAACAGUUUAUAGUUUUUAAAUCGAUUUUUUUUUUUUUUAAUUUUAAAAUUGACAUUUAUCAUACUGUUGUAAAUUACGUUUGAUAUUUUAUUCAAUUGUUUAUAUAUAUACUGUACAUUUGGUUCCCUA